AUGGUCUACGUACGGCAACGCGAGCUCCCCGCGCUCCGCGAGUACAAGUACUCGGGCGUCGAUCACUCGCUGCUCUCCAAAUAUGUCUUGAAGCCCUUCUACACAAACUUCGUCAUCAAGUGCUUCCCCAUGAGCAUGGCCCCUAACCUCAUCACGCUCACUGGUUUCUCCUUCGUUGUCGCGAACUUCCUCACCCUGCUCUGGUACAAUCCCACACUUGACCAGGACUGCCCCUCGUGGGUGUACUACUCGUGGGCCCUGGGCUUGUUCCUGUACCAGACCUUUGACGCUGUGGACGGAACUCAGGCACGACGAACCCGACAGUCCGGACCCCUCGGCGAACUAUUCGAUCAUGGAGUCGAUGCCUGCAACACUUCCCUCGAGGUCCUCAUCUUUGCCGCCUCUCAGAAUAUGGGCCAGAGCUGGCAGACCGUAGCCACUCUGUUUGCAUCCCUUCUCACCUUCUACGUCCAGACCUGGGAGACCUACCAUACCAAGACCCUCACCCUCGGCAUUGUCAAUGGUCCCGUUGAAGGCGUCCUAGCUAUCGUCUGCGUCUUCAUCUUCACUGGCCUCGUCGGCGGUGCCCACUUCUGGCAACAGAGCAUGCUCCAGACCGUCGGCGUGCCCUCGACCCUUGGCAUUCCGUCCUUCGUCUACAACUUGACCUUCACUGAGUGGUACCUCGUUCAGGGCGGCAUUGUCCUCGUCUUCAACACGGUCGAGUCCUCCCUCAACGUCAUCCGUGCCCGUCGCUCGCGCGGCGACCGUUCCCGCGGUGCUCUGCUUGGCCUCGUCCCCUUCUUCAGCAUCUGGUCUCUGAUCGUCGCCUAUCUCUACCUUCAGCCCAAGAUCCGCGAGUGCCACCUUAUCCCCUUUGCGCUCUUCGCUGGUCUCGUCAACGCCUACAGCGUCGGCCAGAUGAUCACCGCCCAUCUCGUCCACCUGCGCUUCCCUUACUGGAACGUCCUCGGUCUGCCCAUUGCCUUUGGCGUCAUCGACUCAAUGGGCCCCAUCUUCCAGCGCUACCUCGGAUAUGGCUGGCCCAGCGCCCUCGGUGAUAACGUCUACCAGGUGGCCUUCAUGUUCAUGAUGCUCGGUACCGCUGUCGGCGUUUACGGCAGCUUUGUCGUUGACGUCAUCGUCACCAUCUGCGACUACCUCGACAUCUGGUGCUUGACUAUCAAGCACCCUUACGUCGAGAACGAGGUCCAGACCAACGGCAUGAAGAAGGAUUAA